AUGGAAUUUCAAACUUUAGUAUUAACGUAUUUCAUAGUUGCUUUGGUUGUUGUUAUUCAACCUGGGAAAAGCCAGAAUGGUGGAGGAUUCGUUGAAAGAAAAGGCACUCAUUUUAUUCUAAAUGGGAAACCACAUUAUAUUAAUGGAUUCAAUUCUUAUUGGUUAAUGAACCUUGCAUCUGACCCAUCUACAAGAUCUAAGGUUACUUCAACUUUUCAAGAAGCUUCUCAAAAUGGUUUAAAUCUAGGAAGAACAUGGGCUUUUAAUGAAGGAUUCCUUCAAAUCUCUCCUGGUUCUUACGACGAAAAUGCCUUCAAGGGCUUGGAUUUUGUAAUUUCAGAGGCAAAAAAAUAUGGGGUGCAGCUUAUACUAAGUUUGGUAAACAAUUGGAAUGAGUUUGGAGGAAAAAUUAAAUAUGUUCAAUGGGCAAAAGAACGUGGCCAAAAUGUAAUAAAUGAUGAUGACUUUUUUAUCCAUCAUGUUGUUAAAGAAUACUACAAAAAUCAUGUUAAAACUGUGCUGACAAGAAAGAACACAAUAAAUGGUAUUUUAUACAAAGAUGAUCAAACUAUAUUUGCAUGGGAGCUUAUGAAUGAACCUCGUUUAAAUAACUCUGGAAGAUCAAUUCAGAAUUGGAUAAGAGAGAUGGCGAGUUAUGUGAAAUCCAUUGACAACAAUCAUUUACUGGAAAUAGGACUUGAAGGGUUCUAUGGUGAAACAAAGAAGCAACUCAAUCCCGAUUCACUUCUAGUCGGGACCGAUUUUAUAUCCAACAAUCAGAUUCCUCAAAUUGAUUUUGCAACCAUUCACUUGUAUCCUGAGCAAUGGUUACUAGGUUCAAAUGAGACAACCCAGCGUGCAUUUGUUGACAAAUGGAUAGAAGAUCAUAUUCAAGACGCAAAUACAGUUUUAGGAAAGCCAAUAAUUGUUUCAGAGUUUGGAAAGUCUUCAAAGUCAUCUGGAUAUAGCAUAGAUAAAAGGGAUGAUUACUAUAAGAAAAUAUAUAGUAUUAUAUCUGCAAGUGCUACUAGUGGAGGCUCUUGUGCAGGUGGGAUUUUCUGGCAACUUCUAUCUCAAGGAAUGGAUAGCUAUGGAGAUGGUUACGAAGUUAUUUUGGAGAAUAGUCCUUCAACUGCACAGAUCAUCAAAGAGCAGUCUACUAAGAUAUCAAAUAUCAAACAAUAG